AUGUCGUCGGCAGCUCUCAGACCCUCGCAAAGUCCCUCCUCUGCACUGACGGGGUCAAAUCAACCGACCCGUGAGCAACAGCCUAUGCUGAGUGCUUUCAACUCAAAACUACGGCGAAGAAAUAGUCAUGGAGCUCCUUUGCCUACCACCCAAUCGUUCAGUGGCGCCCCGCGAGCUGGCGCACAGAGAACGACGAAAACUACGGAAAAGCUGAAGAUAUUACCAAAUCCCGACAUAGACGAGGAGGAGGCCGACGAGGAAAGUGGCAGAGAUGUAUACGCACAAUUUACCAGGAUAAAAGACCCCACAGCCAGAAGAGACGCUGCGAGACUGGGCAAGGCAGAUCGAGACAGACUACCUCGAGUGACUGCGUACUGUAUGGCCCAAGGUUACCGAAUGGAAGGUAUCAUGAAAUUCAUGAAGUCGAGGGCCAGAACCCGAGGUGCAAACCCCAAACUGUUCGACGAGUGUCUGUACAGCCCCUACUACUACGAGUAUCUCAAGAAGAAGAAAGGAAGCGAGCGUGGUUCAAGUCCAGUUCAAGAGCGGCUGGCACGGGUCAUGGCAUCUCCGAGAAUGAAUCCCGGCGAAAGAAGGUUCUCAGACAGCGCCGUCGAAGUCGAAGACAAUAACAAACACCGACGAGAGAACCUCAUCGACUUGCAAGAUGAACUGGGUCCGCCUGCAGGAGCAACCGCGACGGAACCCGGUACACUCGAAGACCUGGCCAUCGUGGCCAGCCGUUCCUCCACUGACCUGCGCCAUUCCGAGGGGGACGAAAUGCACGAUCGAUCGAAUUCCGAGCUUUCCACCACUGUUCACACUCCCGAAAUCUUCAUCUUCGACUAUGGCACUGUUGUUAUCUGGGGCAUGACCGUCCAACAGGAACAAAGGUUCUUGAAUGACAUGUCGAAGUUCAGCGACGCCCCCUUGCCCACCGAGUCGGUUCAAACCGAGAACUUCAACUUCUAUUACACGAAAGAAUACCAAGCACGGAUUUACAACGAUUUCAUCUCGCUUAGAGACCCGCGGAAUCAUAUGACCAAGCUGGCGAUCUCCCAUGCCCUGUCCCAAUCCGUCAAGACGAGCUUGUUUGAGGAUCUCGUCAGUGAGACGAUCGAGACGACAAGUCCUCUUCCGGCGCUUAUUGCGCAGACCGGCAGUGUCAACUUGACGAGAAGACAGCUAAACAUGCAAAUUGGAGAGCUGUUCAUCUUGAGGAUUAACAUCCACCUGCAAGGAUCUGUUCUGGAUAGUCCGGAAUUGAUGUGGGCAGAACCGCAUCUUGAGCCCGUGUAUGCUGCUGUCAGGAGUUAUCUGGAGAUUGAACAGCGGGUAGGCUUGUUGACGGAGAGGCUGGAUGUGAUUGCUGACUUGCUCGCGGUCCUGAGAGAGCAAGGCAGUAGACGACACGGCGAGGUUCUAGAGUGGAUCGUCAUCAUUCUUAUCGCUGCGGAAAUCCUCGUUGCGUAG